AUGUCAGAUCGUUUAAAAAGUACACACAACGUUUCAAACGAGGACGUAAUAGACGAUUUAACUAAAGAUCUGGAACUAUCUUUACGUCCAGGAAAUGAAGAAAACGUUGUAAAUCCCACAGCCCGUGAAGAAGAUUUUGUGGCCUCUGGUGGUGAUAGUUUUAAGGAAAGUCAGUCAACCAGCAAUGCACUUAGUGAUGAUGAAACAGAUAAGGUAGAGAAAAUUGAAGACAGCGAUAAAGAAGAAAGUGACACAGAUUCAAUAGAUGAGCUAUCUCUGAAAGAUGCUGAGGUGGACCUCACAGAUGAUCAGAAGGCGGAGAGGCAAGCUAUUGCCGAGGAACUGAAAGUUGCUGGCAAUAAUGCAUUUAAAGUUGGAGACUUUGACCGUAGUAUUGAAAAAUAUACAGAAGCAUUAAGGAUCUGUCCCCUACAAUUUCCCCAGCAGAGAUCCAUUUUGUAUUGCAACAGAAGUGCUGCUAAAAUGAAGCAGGAACGGUAUAAGAAAGCAAUAAAGGAUUGCACCAAAGCUAUUGAGUUGGAUGAUAAAUAUUUGAAAGCUUACUACAGGAGGGCCCAGUCAUAUGAAGCAACAGAUAAACUAGAUGAAUGUCUCGCAGAUUAUAAAAAAAUCUUAGAGCUUGAUCCAGAUCAUAUAGAAGCUCGGAAAGCCCAAAUCCGUUUGCCUCCAUUGAUUGAGGAAAGAAAUGAAAAAUUAAAAACAGAAAUGCUCGGAAAAUUGAAAGAUUUGGGAAAUAUGAUAUUGAAACCGUUUGGACUUUCCACAGAGAAUUUCAAAAUGGAACAAGAUCCAGAGACAAAAGGCUACAAAAUAAAUUUUAAGCAA